UCUCCUGGAAAACCACCACUGGAGCUGGGGACGAGCAAAGUCAACGCCUCCCAGGUUUGCGCGCCGCACAAUCGUUUCGUCAAAAUGAGCAGAGAACUUCUCCGCUCGUCAACCAUUUCGAAGGCUUGCCUUCAAUGCCAGUUUCGGUCGUUUCUUCCUCGAACGUUCACUAGUCCUUUCUCCUCCACUUCCCGCCGACGCGCCGAAAACGAUGCCGCAAGUUCUACUGCUACAGCAAACAAGGCUGCCGACCAGAGUACAAAGAAGACUUCAGCUUCAGAUGCGACUUCUGAUUUAGCGGAUUUGUCGAAAUUUUUUGGCAUUGGCGGCGCCAAACGCAUCGGCGGCCAGAGUCAGAAUUCCUUUUCGUCGCUCACUUCUUCCACAUUCAACUACGAUACAUCUCCUCUCAACCCUGCGAAUCGGGCUCUUCCAGAGCAUCAGCCUCCUCAUCAUUUCCAUAUUUUUGCUACGAAACAUAAUACCCAUAUCACUCUUACGAAGCCAAACCGCGACGCCAUCCUAUCAGUCUCCUGCGGCAAUCUGGGGUUCAGAAAGGCGAACCGCGGAAAUUACGACUCAGCUUAUCAGCUUGCAGCAUUCGUUUUGAAGCAGAUCCAAGAACGUGGCCUGUUGAGCGAUAUCAAGAAACUCGAAGUCGUUCUAAGAAAUUUUGGCCCUGGCAGAGAAGCCGUGACCAAGGCAUUGAUGGGUAACGAAGGAAGGCUUUUGCGAGGGAAGAUUGUUCGCAUUACCGAUGCGACCAGGCUGAAAUUUGGAGGUACAAGAAGCCCUAAGCCGCGGCGCUUGGGCUAGUUCUCUGGUUUACCGGAGUAUUUGAAAAGGCACUGGAUGUCUCGAAUUUCUCGAGCCUUUAAGCGCUUCAUUUGGCGGAAGUUCAGUUUUCUUCUACCUGCCCAGACCAUAUCAAAAUCCUUGGCGUCAGUUGCCAGGCAGAGAUUCCGUCGAUGGCAUGGCACUAGUCUAAUUUUAAGUCGCAUGUAUACUGAAAUCACCGGAGUUUAAUCAAAGACGUUUUCUUCAAAUAUGUCAUUUCGUGAUUGAUUUGCGAAAUAAAACGACCUAGCAAAACCAUCGCAUGCUACGAAAUUGGACGAAGUGGUAUAAAGGGGGAAAUAUAAACAAUUGCUGCGCCCAUAGACUGAUCGUGAACACAAUGGGAUAUCUCAACCGAAUAGAGCCUUCAACGUAUACUGGCCAGCAAAACUCGCAAAGCAACCCAGGGGACCCUGAAAAAAAAAAAAAAAAAAAAAAAAAAAAAAAAA